CCGCCGUUAAGCAAAUAAAGAGUUCCUUAAUAUUAGUAAUUUCUUAAGAUAAUAUACAUAUAUAUAGAAUGAAUUCUAACGCAGAUUUACUUACUAUAAAAUCAUGUCAAAUAUCGACUAUUCAUUACUUGUAAUGAGCAUUAUUACAUAAAACCUGUGAUAUUUGUAUUAUUGCGCAGUCGCCACAGCGAGAUUUUCAUCCUGGUUCUUUCCAAGGAACCCGUACGAAAACAAACUUUUGACAUCCACGUGCCAAAAAAGAAAGUAGGGAUGAACAGUGAUGAGCACGGAGCUGAUAAUGACAGCUGUGAUGGUUCAAGAGAAGCUGUUAAAAUGUUGAUGGUUGAUGGUCUUCAGGAGAAAGACAUGCUGUGCGCAAUUUCAGGCCAGUCAGAAAUGGACAAUGUCAUCAUUAAAACAGAGGAUACGAGUAUGGAUCCUGAUGUGGAGGCUGUAUCCUCACUGGAGCUGACAGAGGAGGGCGGCCAGGACAAGCAGUUCCUCAUUGUCAGCUCGUCAGGGAACUCGUUUGGUGUUGGCACCCUGGAGCUGCUCCCGGAUGAGGCAGACGAUGGAGAACCGGCUCUCAAGCGUUACCGUAUGCAGGCGGAGGACGGGCAGGCCUACAUUCUCACUGUUGCAGCCACUGGAGAAGAUCAGCCAUCUACACUACUGGCAGCAGAGCACCAGUAUCAAGCAAAAGAGCCGAAUGAAGACUUUACACCGGAGAUGUUGCCAGGUAUGGGUGGCAGCACAAAGAUGGAGAGUGGCCGGAUGAAGAGAGGCCAGGUGCCUAAAGACGAUGUCUCCCAGUCCUGGUUCACCAGCAGGGAUGACAAAAACUCACUUCAUAACUCAGGAGCAACGUGGAAGCAGGGUCAGUGGUCUAAAGAUGAGGUGGAAAUACUGCAAGCAAAUAUAGCAAUGUACUGCAAGGAACACAACAUCAGUGAUCCAACAGUGAUCAUAUUUGAGAUGUCAAAGGAUGACCGUAAGCAGUUUUACCGAACCAUUGCGAAAGGUCUGCAGCGUCCGUUAUUCUCUGUGUAUCGGAGGGUUACGCGAAUGUAUGACCAAAAAAAUCACAUGGGGAAAUACACCAACGAAGAAAUGAUGAAAUUAAGGGAGUUACGAAUGAAGCAUGCUAAUGACUGGGCAUCAAUAGGGCAGGCCUUAGGUCGUAGUGCAUCGUCAGUGAAGGACAAGUGUCGACUGAUGAGAGACAUGUGUAACUCAGGCAAGUGGCUGCCUGAAGAGGAGAAGAGGCUAACACAGUCUGUGUAUGAGCUGGCUGGAGGACAGCCGGGUGAGGACAUUGUGCAUGGCCUGUCGUGGGCGUGCAUUGCGGAGCGGGUGGUGACACGGUCGGAGAAGCAAUGUCGCACCAAGUGGCUCAACUACAUGAACUGGAAGAUGAAGGGGGGCAAGGAAUGGACGCGGGAAGAUGAUAUGGAACUCAUUAUUAGGGUGUCUAACCUGGGUAUAGAUGAUGACUCUGAUAUAGACUGGGACACGCUGGCAAAGGACUGGCAGAGUGCCCGAUCUCCCCAGUGGCUGAGGGGGAAGUGGUGGUCACUGAAGAAAAAUAUUCCCGACUACAACAUUAUACCCUUCAAUGAGUUGCUGAACAGCAUGAAGACAUUUUACCUGUUGAAUGUGCGAGUGAGGAAUGCCCUGGGUACAGCUCGUACCAGGAAACUGGAGACCCAGCCUGGCGACUCUCUGGCCUUCAGGAUCAGCACCCUGUCAGGGGAGGAGUCUUUGUCUCUUGAGGAAGGUGAUGGGCUGGACGAGGUGGAGGCAGGCACUUCAGCAUACGAGGUGCUCCAGCAGCUUCCCCCGGCCUCCUCUGCAUCCUACAUCAUCGCCCAGCCCUCCGACACCAGCCCACAGUCCACCCUCGGGGAGCAGAUCAUAGUACACACAUUACCCAUUUGUCAGAUGCCUGAUGGGGACCUAGGCCUACAGCCCCGGCUGGUGAUCCGUGUGCCAUCAGCCUCUGACCUCAGCGACCCUGGGGUGACCCUGGACCAGACAGAUAUCUCCACACCGAUACAAAUACCAGAGAAUAUAGACACAUCACAACAAGGUUUGGAGGGGUUGAGUGAGGAGGGAGUGAUUUCCAGAUCAGACUCACUCACAGAUGAUCCUUCAUUCUCCACACAUACCCUUGAAGAAUCAGUGAUAUCUAGCCCUGGUGGAAUGUCCCUGAAGCAGGCACGAUACACUCGUCCCAACAAUGGCCAACUCAUGACCUCCUUUGCAGACCCGAUGUUGAACUCUGACAGUAACAGCCUGAUGGGUGCCGUGUCAGAUGUUGAGGGAGACAAAUCACAUCCUGACGACAUCAUCGUCAACAUCUGAAGGAAGACUUGACACAAAACAAAAUAAAAAACACUAUGCUAGGCUCAUGCAGGAUUGAACCCAUCUCAUUGAAGAUGACCUGAACAGAAAGUUGCAUACUUAUAUUACUACUAACAUUAUACACAGUCUACUUGACUCCUGCAGAACUAUGACAAAGAGAUAUGCCUGUAUUACAAUCUAGGCCAUAGAGAUAUACCUAUCCAGUAAUCUAGGCCAUAGAGAUAUACCUAUCCAGUCAUCUAGGCCAUAGAGAUAGACCUAUCCAGUAAUCUAGGCCAUAGAGAUAUACCUAUAUUCUAGGCCAUAGAGAUAGACCUAUCCAGUAAUCUAGGCCAUAGAGAUAUACCUAUCCAGUAAUCUAGGCCAUAGAGAUAGACCUAUCCAGUAAUCUAGGUCAUAGAGAUAGACCUAUCCAGUAAUCUAGGCCAUAGAGAUAGACCUAUGCAGUAAUCUAGGCCAUAGAGAUAUUCCUAUAUUCUAGGCCAUAUGGAUGACAUGGAUAUCAUGAUUUGAUACGAGACUCAGUUAUAAUAAUUUCAUAUACAUCAAUGACUCCUUUGUGAAAGAGGAAAAGGAAACUGACCAAAACAGGGAUCCUGCUUACAAUGAUUGUAGAAAAAUGUGAUCCCACAAUAUUGGAUAAUCAUACCGUUGUUUCAAUACACGUGAAGAAUAUAAUACUUAUUUGUGCCAGCUGAACUAUUUUAGACAUUUGAUUAGAUUAUAUUCUAAGCACUUGUUCUUGGAGACCGUAGUCUAAGAGUAUGUUUGUCUCUAUGUGUUUUUUGGAGAACAGUCCCAGAGUUUUCCACCUGGUUUGUUAUUGUACUGUAAUAGAUACAUCACAUUCAUGCUAUUUCACUUCUGUAUUUGUUAAUGGUCAAAGGCAUAAAUGGUCGAAUAUGCCAUUAAAAAUGAGCUGAAGGGAACUGAUUCAGUGUCAUAAUAUAUUAUAAAGCCUGUCUCUGUAUCACUGAGUUGUGGAAUACCGGUUCAUAUUUAAAUACUGCAGAUUUUAUGUACUGGUGGUUUAAGUAUUGCAUUGAAAUGAUGUUUAACUUGAGAUUCAUUUCUUAAUUAUAUUUUCAAGCUGUUUAGGUAACAAAAAGUGUUUUUAGAUAUUUUUCAAAAUGCAUGAAUAAAUCGGAUCGUUGUGGAACAGAUUUAUUUUUAAGAUUUUUUUUUAUAUUUUUGACACAUAAUUAUGUACAGCAGUAACUGAUUGCCAUUUCUAUGAUUUUGGUAUCACAUCAAAUUUUAUCCCAAAAAUGCUAACAAGUUCAAACUGCUUUUGGAAGAUUGUACUUUAUUUUUGUAACAUUAUGUUGUAUGUCAACAUCUAAUAUUUAAAUGUUGAUCAUGUUUAUGCCUGAGAAGUGGUUUUCAUUACGUUUGAUUUAAAUUAAAUAGAAAAAAUA